AUGGAGACUUUAAAGGCCCGCAUCGAAGCCUUGCUUCAGCAAGAUGCGCAAGGGAUCGCAAGCUUCAGGCAGGAGAUGCGGGAAGGUUUUGCUGCACUCAACGCCAGAUUUGAUCGGUUGCUACUAGCACGAACAGUGGGGAAAAAACCCAACGGGCAGGUUGUCAAUGGCGGAACCGGCGACCCACCGAACCCUAGAAUCAAUAUGAAUUACCGGGGAUUAAUCAAAGAAGAGGUGCAUGCGGCCAGCAGAAUCCAAACUUUAGCUCCAUCGGUUAUUCAUCACCAGCCUAAUGCCGCAAAAUUAUUGGAAUCUCAAGCUUCCAUUAUCAAUCUCAAGUGCAUCGAUGAAGAGAACCAACAUUCAUCUCUUGAUUUGAGAGUUGGUGCUCGUGAUGUCCCUCCAAGUGCUCCUGCCCAAAUUAUCCCAAUUGGGAAAACUAAACUUGAGCAGAUGCAUCUUCCUCAAGUUUUGGUUCUGAAAGAUUCACCCUAUCCUCUACCAAAGCCAACAAUGAAAUCUCCAGAGGGCUCUAUAGAUGGAGAUCGAUUGCAGUUUUCAACCUUGCUCACCAGGUUUGCUACAAGAGAAACAAGGGGUGCAAUUUAUUUCGUGGGGGUCCUUUGCUGA